AGUGUGGCAAACGGCUGAAAAGAAGUCCGAGAUUAGGAUUUGACACUUGAGCAAUCAACACCGGCUCCCUUCCAACUCUCUCAACUUUCUUCGUUGACAUUUCUGCAGAGGACAGGGAAGGGGGAAAAAGUGAAAAGAGACGAGGCAACUUGCAAAAAGUUUUGGAAAACUCUCCUCUGCCCCGGUGCACUCGUUCAUGCAGAUGUCAGUGUGACUUUGAGUGGCGAGUCGUGAUUUUCAUCAUCAACCGCUGGAUUAAGUUCGGGAAAGGACUACUUUCAUCUGCACACAGAGAUGGGAGACUCAAAGUGAGUAGAAAGCAAUAGUUUGCAUUUUCCGUUGGAUUUAAAAUCACCCCCCAAAGGAAAAAAAAUUGGAGCAAAAGGAACGGAGCGCCGCGCCAUGACAUAACGGAACACUAAUAACGGGACCAGUGUUUUAAUGAUUUAAAAACAAUACUGCAGCUUGUGUGUUGUACAGAAAACUGUCCCCACGUUUGCCAUAUUGGGAUCGAGAAUAACUUUCCUGUCGACCCUAGUCUGGAGGCUUCAUGCCGGAGAUAUGGGUUGACCUGAGGCUGAGCUGAGAUCCAGGCUAAGGACAAUGAGCGCGCCCGGCUUUGGCAUCCCUGUGCUGCCGGGUCGUUUAGUGGUACUGAUGCUGCUGCUCCUGCUGUCCGCCCCCGGGCCGCGGCCGUCCCGGGCGUGCCGCGGGCUGCUCGGCUGCAGCUGCUCGGAGGAGCGCUCCAAGACGCACGGAGCCCAACCCCUUGGAAAAAGGGUCAGCUGCGGCAAGGAGGACCUGUCCGAACCACCCGAUGCCAACCUACUGCCCAACAGAACCGUCACUUUAAUACUGAGCCACAACAAAAUUAGGGUCCUGAACAAUGGCUCCUUCUUUGGACUUAAUGCCCUGGAGAAGCUGGAUCUCAAGCACAACUUAAUCAGCACCAUCAUGCCUGGAGCCUUCCACGGUCUUUCAGAGCUUCGGAAACUUGAUCUGUCCAACAACCGCAUUGGCUGCCUGACUUCGGACAUGUUCCAAGGGCUGACUAAUCUCACUAAAUUGAACUUAUCAGGAAAUAUCAUAUCAACUUUGGAACCAGGCGUGUUUCAGGAGCUACCAUCCCUCAAGCUUGUGAACUUCAACUCAGAGUACUUGUCAUGUGACUGCGGGCUGCACUGGAUCCCCGGCUUCUUUCGCAGCAGCUCAGCUCGACUGGGGGAUGAAACCCUGUGCGCUUACCCGAGAAGCCUAAGGGGAAAACCACUACGAGGACUUCGGGAAAGCCAGUUGAACUGUGAUGGCCCUCUGGACCUGCACACCCUGACGCUGCUGCCCUCUCAGCGGCAGGUGGUCUUCAAAGGGGAUCGGCUGCCGUUCCACUGUACCACCGCCCUGGUGGAUAAAGUCACUGCUUUGCACUGGCAUCACAAUGGUCAGCUGGUGACCUCUGACCCAGAGAAGGGUGUCCAGUUGGAGAGCAAUGUAGUGCAUGACUGCACCUUCAUUACCAGUGAACUUAUUCUAUUCGACGUACACGUGGAGGCCAGUGGAGAGUGGGAGUGUGUGGUCACAACCGGGAGGGGAAACACAUCUCGCUCUGUUGAAAUAGUGGUCCUCGAGAACAGCGCCUCUUUCUGCCCAGAGGACAAAGUUGUUAACAACCGCGGCGAGUUCAGGUGGCCUAGAACUCUGGCAGGCAUCACCUCUCAUCAGUACUGCCUGCAGCUGCGUUACCCGUCCCUGUCUGUAGAGGGCGACACUGAGCAGAAGAAGGCCUCCCGCCUAUGUGACCGCUUUGGGAAGUGGCAGGAGGGCAACUACACAAACUGUCACUACACAAAUGGCAUCACUCGUGUCCUGCAUACCUUCAUCCUGAGGCCCAUCAAUACAUCAAAUGCUGUUACUUUGGCCCACCAAGUGCGCAAAUACACUCUGGAGGCUGCGGGCUUUACCGACUCAGUGGAUGUGCUCUAUGUUGCACAGAUGAUGGAAAAGUUUAUGGAAUAUGUCAAACAGCUGGAAGAGUUGCCAGGGGUCUUGGUCGAGAUGGGCAGUAACCUGAUGCAGGUGGAUGAUCAGAUCCUUGCUCUGGCUCAGCGAGAGAAGCGGGCCUGCAGCUCCAUAGUUGGCUCUCUGGAGUCUCUGGCCUGGCCUCAGCUGCACAGCCAUGCUCAGGACUUUUCCAUGGUUUCAAGGAACAUUGUUAUGGAAGCCCAUUUAAUUCGACCAGCCCACUUCACUGGCAUAACCUGCACUGCUUAUGAGCGCCGUGAGCUCUCAACAGCCACUGUGGGGAUGGAAAUGCCGGAGUUCACACAGGAACAACAACUGCGUUUUCGCUGCAGCACAGGUUCCCAUAAUACAUCUCUGAACCAUUUUCCCCUCAAGAAUUCAGUAGCCGUGGCCUCCGUGACACUCCCUGGAACAUUGUUUCCUUCUGAUGCGCCUCCAGACUGCAAGCUGCAGUUUGUGGCCUUUCGAACUGGAAGCUUUUUCCCUCUCUCUGGGAAUUCAAGCAAUAGUGCAGGACACUCCCGAAGGCGCACUGUCAACACUCCGGUUAUCUACGUGGGCCUGGAUGGCUGCAGCAUGUGGAACCACUCAGAGCCUGUCUGGGUGUCACUCCGCCACUUGUCCCCAGGAAAUGAUGCUGUGGCGGCCCAGUGGAGAAAACCUGGAGGCUGGAGCCCAGAGGGUUGCCAGCUAGUCCACAGUGACAGCAGAACUUCCACAAUGCGCUGUUCUUUACUUGGCAACUAUGCUGUGUUGCAGGAGGUGCCAGACUUCCCCAACUCUUCAGCCAUCUCCGUGAGAGUGCUCCACCCUGUGGUGUAUGCCUGCACUGCACUGCUGCUCCUUUGCCUCUUCACUAUCAUCAUCACUCACAUACUACACCACAGUUCCAUUCAUAUUUCAAGAAAAAGCUGGCACACAUUACUCAAUACUUGCUUCCACAUCGCCAUGACAACAGCCAUCUACGUCGGAGGCAUAAGCCUGACCAGUUACCCAAUUGUUUGUCAAGCAGUGGGCAUCGCCCUGCACUACUCCUCACUGUCAACCCUGCUGUGGAUCGGUGUUAGUGCCCGGGUCAUCUAUAAAGAAGCUAUGUGGAGAAUGCCUCUGCCGACAGAAGGGGAUUCCUCUCUUCCGCCAACUCAGCGACCUAUGCUCAGGUUCUAUUUGAUAGCUGGUGGAGUUCCUCUCAUCAUCUGUGGGAUCACCGCGGCUGUCAAUGUCAGCAACUAUGGAGACAACAGCCCUUACUGCUGGCUGGUGUGGCGCCCCAGCCUGGGGGCUUUCUUUGUCCCAGCGGGCCUAGUGUUGUCAGUGACCUGGAUCUACUUCCUGUGCACUGUGUUCUGCCUGAGGCAUCGUACGGCCAAAGAAUGCGCAGGAACCACACCGUCUUCUCCCAUGACUGAGAGCCAGCCUGGACUGGCGGCAAGCGUCAGUCUCCUGUCUACAGACUCUGUUGUGGGCCCAAUAAAUUCCAGUGUGGCUACAGAGGACCAGUACUCGCUAAAGACACAGUUUUUAAUUUUGGUGGCCACUCACUUCCUAUUCGUGGUGUUGUGGUGUUGCGGUGCCAUGGCAGUGUUCCUGACUGGGCACGCUAGCUUGUUGUUUAGUUCUCUUUAUGGAAUGGUGGCCAUAGCCCUUGGGGUGUUCUUGGUGGUGCACCACUGCUUCCGACGAGUGGACGUACAGGCCUCGUGGCUGCCGUGCUGCCCGGGUCACAGCAGCACCCAUCCCGCAUCCACCUACACAACAGGAAGUGGCGUACAAACCUCUGAGCAGGGUUCACAACUUUACAUCAACUGCCAUCAACCCGGUGGCUCGCAUAAUUCUUCAUCGACUCGCUCAUCGUCCACACCGAGUGGCAUCAGCAGUGUCGGCCCCGGGCCCUGUAAACUCACCAACCUACUGCAGGUGACGCAAGACACUACGAGCAACACCUCGCGGGCUGCUGCUGGGAUCACCGCCGGCACCAGUACUGACAAUGUCAGCAAGCCGUCAAACAAUAUUUUUCCCAGCGUUAACGCUUCCGUGCCAGUGCAUCCUCAGAGAAGGAAAGUGAAUAGCAGGACUAAAGGCAGUAGCCAGUAUCCCCAUCGCGGUGAUGGCAGAGCUCACUAUCGUCUCAAAGCUUUAAGGACAGCGGGAGGCGGGGGCAGCCUCGGCGCUUUGGGUCCCACGAGCUUGGAGCGCCUCAGCUCAUCACACGCCGUCCAUAAGCAAGCCACCAGUGAGAAUGGGAGCGUCCAUCACAGCCUCCCAGAGAGCCACGCAGGCCCUCUGACAAAUGGAAAGCGUGUGGGUCAGUCAGUGGCCACCAGCCCUUCAGAAGGCAGCGACGGGGGGAGCAGCGGCAGUCGCAAACCCUACCCUCUCCUCCCCUCCGUGGCCAGCAGGGUGGCCAUGAACGGUGCGCACCGACGCUGCAUCAGCCGAGACAAUUUGAAACUAGCGGCUGCUGCAGAGCGAGAGGUCAAGCGCUGUUCUUACCCUCUGAACAGCAUCACAACAACUGUGCCGGGAGCUGCGGCCCCAAACGGCACCCUGAAGAACUCCAUUCGGGAGCUGGACCACGACAUGAGCAGCACCGAUCACUCCCAAAGUUCUGUGGGUGUGAAGAGCAGUUUGUGGAAGAGCGAAACCACUGUGUAAUUUGGAUUUAUACAUACAUGAACGGCAGUGUUAUCUUUACAGCUUUUUAAAUGAGGAGACUAUGUUGUAAAUGGCUUUUGGUUGAUUAUUGUUAUGUAAUUUAAGAUAUUUUAAAAAGGGAUCCAAGACCCCAAACUGCUACUUUUGUUUCAGAGGCUAAUAAUUCAGUGUAAAAUAGUCCCCAUUUUUAGACCUGUGUAAAAUGUUGUUUGUUUUAUUCAAGUGACAAUAUUGCAAUAUUGUGCAUAUAUUGGUUAAUGAAGAUUUAUGACUUAAGUUUAAUGAGAGAUUUAUUGUUUUACUUUUGAUUAUGCAUUUCAGAAGACUGUUCAUUUUAACAGUACACAGCUUUAUGCAAUUCCUUUCACGGUCAUGUUUGCUUUAAGUAUUUUUUGCAAAUGUGUGAGUGUGCAAGUGUGUGUGUGCAAGUGUGUGUAUGUGCGCGUGGGUGUGUGGCUGUACAUAAUCCAGUGUCAAUUAAAAGAUGGUAAGGUAUCUGAUUACAAA